AUUCGAAAGCCGCUCGCACGUUGCACGUGUUUAUACAAAUAUUGCUGCAAUAAUUAUUAAGCAGAAGCGUCAAUUAUAAGACAGACAGCCACAGAAUGCAGCACGACGAUGUGGUUUGGAGCAUCAUCAACAAAUCCUUCUGUUCGCACAAAGUCAAAACCGAUACGCGCACAUUUUGCCGCCACGAGUACAAUCUGACGGGCAUGUGCACGCGCCGCACCUGCCCCCUGGCGAAUUCACAGUAUGCAACGGUGCGGGAGGAGAAGGGCAUCAUUUAUCUGUUCAUGAAGACGGCGGAGCGGGCGCAUAUGCCCAGCAAAUUGUGGGAGCGCGUCAAAUUGUCCCGCAACUUCGAGAAGGCCAUCACGCAAAUCAACGAGAAUCUUGUGUUCUGGCCCAAAUAUAUGAUAUCGAAGAAUAAGCAGCGUUUCCUCAAGAUCACCCAAUAUCUGAUGCGUAUGAGGAAGCUGAAGUUGCGCCGCCAGAAACUGAUUGUGCCGCUCUCGACGAAGAUCGAGCGGCGUGAGACGCGACGUGAACAGAAGGCUCUGAUUGCUGCUAAAAUUGAUAAUCACAUUGAGAAGGAGCUGCUGACGCGCCUCAAAAUGGGCACGUACAAGGAUAUCUAUAACUUUUCACAGACGGCCUUCAACAAGGCCUUGGAGGCGGAACAAAUCGAUGAAGACGAGGAGGAGCAGGAGGAAGAGGAGGAGCAAGAGCUGGAAAUGGAAGGUGAAGCGCAUGAAGAUGCACGCGAGGCAGCCGAAUUGCGACGCGCUCUCAACGAUACCGAGGAGUUUGUUGAAGCCGACACCGAUGAUGGCGAGGAUGAUGAUGAGGUUGACUACGACAGCGAUUCGGGUCAGCGGGAACAGGUGGAAAUGGAGAGCGAUUUCGCGGAGUCCGAUGAUGAUGAUGCUGAUAAUGCUGAUGAUAUCGAGGAUACGCACGUGUCGGCGAAACCAGCAAGGAAGCUGAGCGGCGACAACAGCAAAAAGAAGAAGUCAACAACGACAUCUGCAACAUCUGCAACACCUGCAACAUCAGCAGCAACAUCUCCAACAAACAAACGACGCAAACCCAAACUGCAAUUGGAAUAUGAAAUGGAAUAUGAAACUGAGGCUGCUCCAGCAACGAAAAUACGCAAUUAGUGAGGUAGAAAAGCGGAAAAAGCGCGAUCGCAAUUAAAUUAAUAACUGUUUAGAGCCUAAGUAAAUUGUAAAGCGAAUAAGAACCCUGAAAACAACAACACACAAA